AAACAAAUUCGAGCUCCAGAGCUCCACGGUCCGUACUGAAAGACUGAAACCGUUCGUUCCGGCGCAAGGUGCUGCGCGGACGGCGCAGCCGCCGGCUGGCCGAGAGAUCUAUGCUGCCGCUGGUGCGCGCCGUCGGCCGCGCUCCUCUCCGCCGCCUCCUGCUCUCCUCGCCGCGAUGCUCCCCUUACACCGUCAGCGGCGGAGGUGUCGCGCCCCUUCUCCUGAUGCUCUCCGCUCGCCCCUUCCGCGUCGGAGAGGGCUCCACGGCCUCGAGGGCGGCAGCGGGCGGAGACUCCUGGCGGGGCAUGGGCUCCCGCGCGGUUAGUGUGGACGACGAGGCGCCCCCCAGCUCCAGCUCCGGCGGCGGCGGCGGCUACGACUUGUCCUCGCCUUACCUCUCCGUCCGCAUUCGCUGCCGCAAGGAGGAUGCUGAACUGCUCUCCGAGUCUCUCCUGUGCUUUGGUGCUAGCUCCGUCACCGUGGAUGACGUUGAAGACGCUGCAAAUCUUGAAGAAAUCUCCAUAACCUCCACAUUUGCAUACGGGGAAAACGUGGGAUCGAGCGUUUCAAAUGCUGCAAGCUCAGCUGGUCUGGAUUACACCCCAGUGUAUGAAACCUCUGUAGGAAAACAGUGCGAUUGGGUGGCAGUUGUGCAGGAAACGUACGAGUCUACUCAAGUUAUCGAUGACCUUUGGAUUAUUCCUAAAUGGAGAACCCCCCCUGAUCCACAUGCCACAAAUAUAAUUAUCAAUCCAGGUUUGGCUUUUGGAACUGGGGAGCAUCCCACAACUAAGUUGUGCCUUUUAUUUCUAAGGGAAGUUAUUAAGGGGGGUGAACAUGUCUUGGACUAUGGAACAGGCACUGGGGUAUUGGGUAUUGCGGCUCUGAAGAUGGGUGCUGCUCUAUCCACAGGGAUAGACAUAGACCCUCAAGCUGUAACAUCCGCUUGUGAGAACAUGUUGCUGAAUGGUUUGGAUUCCAACAAAAUGCUAGUGUAUUUGGUACCGACUGAUGCUGAGCCUUCAUCCUUCUCAAGUAGCAUUGACAAAUCAGAAGAGAACAAACCCACCUAUAACCCUGAGUUGAAGUCCUCAAGAGGGACAUAUGACAUUGUUGCAGCAAAUAUACUCCUGAAUCCCUUGCUAGAGCUGGUCGAGGACAUAGUUGGUUAUGCAAAAAUUGGUGGAACGAUUGCUGUUUCAGGGAUAUUGAGUGAGCAGGUUGCAAAGGUUGAAAAAGCUUACUCCAGGUACUUGGACAACAUAUUAGUAUCUGAAAUGGAUGGAUGGGCCUGUCUUCAGGGAAUUAGGAGAAUGUAGAAUUGUGAUUUUCUUUUUCUCCAAUUGUAAAGGCAGAUUGACCAUACUUUUUUCGUGACUAUUAAGAGAAAUUCUUGACCUCGGUAAAGUUUUUCGAGAACAUGUCUUCAGAAAAGUAAAAAUCCUAGUUUAACUGC